GUGAUGGUAGUGCGUUGUGAGCCUCAUUUAUCGCGAAUUGUCUCUGUCGCGCACACCUGAAAUCAGUCCCUUGGUUCGAUUAGGCAUACAGUAGUCACUCCUGCGGCACUUGGCGAGACCAGCGGUGGACUUUUGCAAAGGAGGGACUAGCAAUUUUGUUGUUUGUCAGGUGUCGAGUCCAGCCCAUUCAAACAGUCCCGUCUCGCCCACUGGUUAGCAGUCGGCGCACCACAGGAUGCCCUCUUACACCCCAACGCAGAGAAUGUCGAUACACCAGUUCGUCCAUUUCACUCAGACAAGAGAAAGCAUAGCCGCAAAGUUUCUCAAAACCCACGACUGGAGCGUUGAACGAGCGCUUGAUUCGUAAGUGAGCACUUCCUUACUCUUGUCUCUGGUACUUCUCUUGCUUGUCUCCUUGCAAGGCACAAGGUUGGAUGGGUUGGUCGCCGUUCGUCGUUCGUGACCCCGGACAUCUGCGUCUGACGAAGUGAAGAAAGGCAAGCGUCCGAUGCCCAUUCACCGUGGAAAGCGGUAUAAAUUUACUUUAGACUGCUUGAGGAUAUCAACUUGGUGCUUCAUCGCAUCUUCUGCUGCCAAGAAUUGCCCUCUGCCGUCUCUGGAUCUGGGUUCCAGGCAUCCAUUGCUCCUUCUCCAUCACCCUUCACGUCACCUUCAACGUCCUCACACCCACCAUCAUACAUCCUCUUCUUUGCACAUAUCCUCCACUCUCAUCAGCAUACCACUAUGCCACCCAGGAAACGCAAAGCCUCCACUACUGCCAUGGCAGCCACCCCAAACACUCCACCUGAUAAAAAGGUCAAGGCGACCGGAACGACAGGACAGACGGGUAUUAGAGCUAAGCUUACUGGCCUUACCUCUGCUAUGACCUCUCUCACAUCCACUUCGCUAGUCAGUAGAGCAAAGACAAGCAAGAGUAGUGGAAAAUCCCACCAGUCAAAGCCCGCAGGAUUCUACCAGAGCAGCUCCGGUAAUGGCUCCCCGUCGCCAACCGAGAAGAAUCUGAACAAGCUCUUCGAUCAGUAUCGAGACAACCCCAAAGAGGCACCUGACACCAUCGGCAUCGAGGGGGCGCAGAGAUAUCUUACCGAUAUCAAGGUCGAACUCGACGAACUUGCACACUUGGCCAUCUGUGACCUGUUACAAUGUCCCUCUAUCGGUGAAUUCGAGCGAGACGGCUUCAUCUCUGGCUGGCGAAGCGCAUCUGCCGGGAGCAAACAGUACGACGCCACCGCCAACCAAGCUCAAUAUGUCGAUACCGUCCGAAAGAAGCUCUCCGCCGAUCCAGAUUACUUCAAACAAGUCUAUCGCAACUCAUUCAAGCUUGCCAAACCUGAAGGUCAAAAGAGUGUCCCCAUGGAUUCGGCCAUCGACUUUUGGAAUAUGUUCUUUCGCUCAGGGAAAGGUGGGAUCGAGUGGAAUACGGCGUCAACCAAAUGGCUCGACUUGUGGUGUGAAUUCUAUGAAUCUCGGAACAAGAGACCUGUCAACAAGGACCUAUGGAACAUGGUAGGAGAAUUGGUCAUGAAAACGAAGGAGCCUGAAGGAGAGUCAUUGUCCUGGUGGACUGAGGAUGGUGCUUGGCCUAUGGCGGUUGACGAUUUUGUUGCAUACGUCAAGGAUAAGAGAAAGGCUGAUGGUGACACGAUGGAUACGAGUUGAAGUGCUAACAGCAAGCUCAUGCACACCACCAUUGAUGCAGCAAAUUUGAUCCCGUGACGAACAAAGCGCACUGGAAGACGAUGGGAAUGAAUAACACAUCAGAAGCGUGCAGAUCAGAAGCAUACCUCAUACCGGGCUUUCCGCACUGUUCUGGAGACAGGGAUUACCAAUAUCAAGCACAACACGUUAGGAGGUAGUCCCAGUCUCAGCCUGGUCGGUAUUGGGGUUCACGUGAUACGUGAUGCGUGAUACAUUCACUUAUCAUGUUACUAAAUAACUGGCUAUCCACGAGAGCGUCAAUGCAGGUAUUGACGGCGAAACGGGCUCGCCUGAUAAACGUGGUAUCAGUAGCAAGUGAACGAACGAAAAUGAUGAAGAUAUAGAAUGGAGAUGCUAUAAUCCAUU